AUAAAGAUGGCGCGGUCUCGGUGCACUCAAGUUAGUUGGUCUUGGUGCCAUGUAAAGUGCACUAUUAGAUUGGAAGUCACCCUUCUGUAUGUAUUCUGUGCUAUGGUAUCGCAUCUUCCCAUUUGGCUGUCUUUCAAUUAAUUUAUAAUAGUUUGAUGUCCACAUGUGACCAGAGAACAGAUAGCCAAUCACCAGUCUCAGAGCAAAAUUCAUUGAGUGGAAAAUCAGAUUCCAGGUUGACUAAGGCCAUUGAAAGAGAAGUGUGUGGUGUAGAAUAGUUGAAAAAGUAUUAGUAAGGUUGGAGGAUUCGUUUGAAGGCUGCAAUCAACAGAAGUUGUGUCCAUACCAGAUGGCGACUGUUACUGUUAAAAAGGAGGAGGAGGAGGAUGAUAGCAGCCAGCAUCCAGCUGCAGUGGAAGAUGAUUGCAGCCAACAACAUUAUCUAAUCCCUGGCUACAACAUGAUUUUCAUAAAGGAGGAGUCAUAUGAUGAGCAAGAGGCUGAAGGAAGUUCAGUGAAGAGUGAACCAGAGAUGUGGCCUUCAAACUGCAGCACAUCUGGCCGAGACUAUGCAACAGAAGUGGGUGGACUGAAUGAGCAUUCAAUCUCUCCAGUGGAAAAGUGCACUGAGUCAUCUGUGGCUGGCAAAAAGACCAAGUUAUACAGCUGUGCUCACUGUAGCUAUAAGACACCAAAUUCUGCCAAUUUGAAGAGACACAUUCGAAAACACACUGCAGAAAACCCUUUCAGCUGCAAAUUUUGUGAAUAUAAAUGUGCCCAGUUAGGUACUUUGAGAAGACAUAUCAGAACACAUACAGGAGAAACUCCCUUCAGCUGUGAUUUAUGUGAUUAUAAAUGUGCUGAUUCAAGUAAUUUGAGAAGACAUAUCAGAACACAUACAGGAGAAACUCUUUUCAGCUGCAAUUUUUGUGACUAUAAAUGUGCCAAGUCAGGUACUUUGAAAGUACAUAUCAGAACACAUACAGGAGGAACUCCCUUCAGAUGCGAUUUAUGUGAUUAUAAAUGUGCCCAGUUAGGUACUUUGAGAAGACAUAUCAGAACACAUACAGGAGAAACUCCUUUCAGCUGCGAUUUAUGUGAUUAUAAAUGUGCUGAUUCAAGUAAUUUGAGAAGACAUAUCAGAACACAUACAGGAGAAACUCCCUUCAGCUGCGAUUUAUGUGAUUAUAAAUGUGCCCAGUUAGGUACUUUGAGAAGACAUAUCAGAACACAUACAGGAGAAACUCCUUUCAGCUGCGAUUUAUGUGAUUAUAAAUGUGCUGAUUCAGAUAAUUUGAGAAGACAUAUCAGAACACAUACAGGAGAAACUCCCUUCAGCUGCAAUUUUUGUGACUAUAAAUGUGCCCAGUUAGGUAAUUUGAAAUUACAUAUUAUCAGGAGACAUAAAGAAGAGAAACCUUUCAGCUGCGAAUUUUGUGAUUUCAAAACUGCUAGUUCAAGUUCUUUGAAAAUUCAUAUCAGAACACAUGUCAUCAUACAUGGGAAAACCCCUUCAGUUGCGAGUUUUGUGACUACAAAAGUGCUAGGUUAGGUACUUAUCAGGAAAGUACAUAUCAGGACACAUAAAAUUAUAUUUAUUUAAAUAAAAAACCAUGUGUCAUAGA